AUGCCUAUUAUUUCGCCCUCUGACGGGAAUAUCCACCCUCAAUUGACUCAGGCCCAGCCCGGCCCCUCAACUGCUGGCCAAGAGAGCAACACCUCCGGAGCCCAGGCUUCGCCUUUCCAGGGAUGGGAGACCUAUCCACUGAUGUUAACGAAUUACAACACCCUGAGUCAGAAUGGGAGAGUGCUUUCGGAAAGGCUCAGUAGCGAUUCUGAGAGACUAUUUCGUGGCCCUACGGAUGCUUCAUUAGAAAUAUUGCAAGUUCUUGAAACCCCUGACCCGGAUUCGCCAGUGAUCCAGCGGAAAGCCAACAGUGCUACGUUCGAGAACAUAUUGAUGGACGAUAGAAGAUUCCAUUUCAGAUGCUUUCUAUCUGCGUGGAAAUUGACACUUGCCAGCGCCAUCACCCCAGGGAAUUCAUGGGCCAAGCUACCGAUAACAGAGGAAAUGCUCCGGAAGCUCUUGACCUUCUAUAAGGUUUCCCCACACUUCCUGCGGGUUGUUCAUUUUUUUGGGAGGCAAACCCGGGAACGGAUAUCAUCCUCAGCUGCGUUCAGAUGCUUGUUCACAGAGAAGGAGACAGAUCCUGCAGCCCAUGUCUCUGAGAUCUGCGUUAGAAUGGUCCAUGUUGAAAAGCAUGGUAGAGUGGACCCAGAUAUCCCGAACGAUGACCCUUGGUCGGUCCGCCAAAUCGGGUAUUAUCAAAGAUUUGACUACGAGGACUCCUCCUCCGUUUGUAUUCACAUACGGCCUCCGAAGGAUGUAAAUUCCCGCCUCGUUGAAGCCUUAGUCAAAGGAAGAUUUAGUAAAGGAUCGGAUAACUUAAGCCCUAUGUCGCUGCAUCUUGCCUUCGUCACGACUGCUAUGAAAAAUUGGCAAGCUUACGUUGAAUAUUUGGAGUCCGAGCUUGUAAAGCAUAGAGAAUGUGUCCUCUUGACAGACGAAGACUGGAAGGCUUCCAGGGAAGACGGGGACAUCCGAGCAGGUUAUUCAGACUUCCGGAAGCUGCAACGAUACUUUCGUGACAAACUCCUGAAUACGUUAUCGAUAUUCGAUUUAAAUAUGGAUGUGAUGGAGGGUUUGAAAAUACAUAAUCAAAGGUUACGAUCUCUCGGGCUACUUAGUCAUGCAGCUUGCAACGAUGCAUCCGACAUGCUCGAGCAUAAUACCUCCAUGUUACGAGAACUCCGGAGGGACACGGAGACGAUACUCGAGAGGACUGGAAGCGCAGCGCAGUUAAUUCAAGCACUGUUUGAAAUUCGGAAUGAUACACUCAUCCGGAGCUACACCCUAGCAACCAGCAAGCUCGUCGACAUGGCAGCGGACAACUGUAAAGCCACCGCAAGCCUAGUUCAGAUGGCACGAGAUAGCCAGGGUGACGCCCAACUCAUGGUACAGUUUGCCGGGCGAACAAAACGUGACUCUGUGACAAUGAGAGUCGCAACCAUGCUGGCCACACUCUACCUCCCCGGGACAUUUGUCGCAACUGUCUUUGGAAUGGAUUUUUUCCACUCGGACAUUGAAAUAGAGCAUGGAAAGAAGAUUUACUCGUUCUCCGUUGCGACGCAGAUCUGGAUAUUCAGCGUGAUAGUCGUGGUACUUACGGCGGUAACAGUAACGUCUUUUUGGUUAUGGGAGCGGGGGCUACGGCGGAAGGACGAGGCAGUAAGGAGAGAUUCAAUAAAGACGGUAUAG